AUGGCUUUAGAAGACCCGAUACGUUCGUUCAAAGAAACAUUUUACGCAAAGUUUUUGGAAGAUGAUGAGCGACAUCAAGGUGGUGAAGAAUAUUUAAUCUUCAAAACAAAACCGGCAGAAGAACCAAUUAUCCAAAUUGUUGCCCGUGAAGACUAUUUUCACAUCCUGCUGAGUGCUCACAAGACUGUGGACACGGAGGGCGAGAUAAAAUAG